UCGGAGCCCUGCCCGGUCCUGUGGCGCUCGCGUGCCGCGCUCCCGCCCUCUGCCUUCCGCUCCCAGCUGCCAAGGCCGUGGCAGCUUCGAAGCCUCGCAAAGAAGAGAACUCCGUUGAGAACAGUCUGUAAAGGUGUCCUGGGACAGCCUGCUGCACCCUGUCACCUGCAGAAGCUCUGCUCGCCCCGCCCCGAGAUCUCCGUGGAGGGAGCACGCAGCUGAGAGAUAUUACCUCUGCGACGAUGUCAUUCAGAUUUGGCCAGCAUCUCAUCAAGCCCUCCGUGGUGUUUCUCAAAACAGAACUGUCUUUCGCCCUGGUGAACAGAAAACCUGUGGUACCAGGACAUGUGCUCGUGUGCCCCCUGCGGCCCGUGGAGCGCUUCCGUGACCUGCGUCCUGACGAAGUGGCCGACUUGUUUCAGGUGACCCAGAGAGUUGGGUCCGUGGUAGAGAAGCAUUUUCACGGGACCUCCCUCACCUUCUCCAUACAAGAUGGUCCUGAAGCCGGGCAGACUGUGAAGCACGUGCAUGUCCACAUUCUCCCCAGAAAGGCUGGAGACUUCCGCAGGAAUGACAGCAUCUAUGAUGAGCUCCAGAAACAUGACAGAGAGGACCAGGACUCCCCAGCUUCCUGGAGAUCUGAGGAGGAGAUGGCAAAGGAGGCAGCCGAGCUGAGGCUCUACUUCCAGGCAUGAAAGUCACUCAAAUCCCAGGGCCUAAGGAAACAGGCCACAUUCUCCAGGACUCGGCGGCAUUAAGGCGUUAUGACAUCUGACGAUUCUGCAACCUUUUGCAACACAUUUUACUGCACUUGUGGAAGCCACUGAGGUCAUGUUUCAAUCACCAUGACUGACAGGCUGACUUCCAAACAAUGGCCUCCACAACCCUGCCAUGUACUUAGAAUAGAGCCUUUUCCAAACUCCCUCUGCCUGGAUGAAAAUAAAAUACUAUCUAAAAUA